ACUUGCAAGCGGUCCGCCACGCUUAGAUCAUGCGUAGGACUGUGGUCUAAUGGUUGACCUUAGUGAAUUGGAGCUGCUAGCCAGUCACAGCGCUGAAAGCAGGACAUACCUAGCCAAUCACAACGCAGGAGGCAGGGUUUAUCGGAAUACGGGUGGGGGAAAAAAUAACGCGGGCUAGUCCCCCUCCGCCCGAGGAGAGGGAAACACGGCUCGAGUCCGGGUGCUGUCUGCUUUCAGACGGACGCACGAGACCACCUUACCGUUCGCGUCUCCGUAAGGCGAGGAGCAGACAAAAACAUAAGAACAAGGUACACCCAAGACAUCAAAGGAAACAACGGAGACAUCAUCCGGACACGAAGCUAGAAGUACCCCCUCCUCCUCGCGACAGCUCUCCUUUCUAUCGCCCCGUUCACCCCCUCCCCUCAAGAGGACGACCACCCAUAGAAUACCCCGCUGGACCAGCUUCGUCAAUAAGCGAUGCACCUUGUACUUCUAAAGAAAUCAACAACGACUUUUUCAUAUUUUUGUGACAACCAUUGUCUUUCAUCGCUACGUUGACUCAACGUUAUAAAGAAUACGGACGCUUUUUCAAGUAUUGACACUAUUAGGCUAACGGGUUUCAAGACUGAGGAAAAUCUCAUUCCUUGCAACGAACAUCAGUUAGGCGGUUUGCUGUUGGGUUAGUUCUGUCUGGCUCGGUUUCGACGGCUUUUCGAACUCUUUUUCAAAUGUUUUAAGCUUUCGAACAGUUUUCUCAUUUCUUCUCGCUCUGCUUAAUUCAUAACGACAAUGGUCUGACAGUCGACCGCUAUAGACAAUGCUACAUUUCUAAGCUAACGCUGACAGUGUCAGUAUUCUCUCGCACAGAAACAGUGUGGGGGCUUGUAUUAAAAAGGAACGCUUUUGCUACAGAAAGGAAUUCGAGGAAACGCUCUGAGUGAAAAGUUUCGGGAGGAGAGGAGUGCUUCAAGUCGAAGCCAUCUCGGCCAUAUCCACAAGAUUUCUUCAAAGGUUGGAGGCCCUGGGCUGCAGCUAUGCUCUCCUUGGACGAGCCAUUGGACCUGAAGCUGCACCGGGGGCGUGCAAAUGGACGGGACAGGAGCUCCAGGUCACCACCCACUCUCACCCCAUCUCCAGUACAUGCUAAGAAGGCUGGGCAGCUGCGAAUGGCUGAUGAUGGGACAGCCGUCAUUGUUCCAGCCUCUCCUGCCUCCCCUCACACAGGUAUUCCCAUGGUGCCCCAGGAGAAGCCUGAACCCCCCACGCCCCCCGCAGUGGACCUCAGCAUGUCCCCUUCCUCACGCCACACCGCGUGCUCCACUGAGCUCGCUAGUGGAAACGGCUCUUCCCACAUCUUUCCAGGAGACUCGGGUCACAUCCGUUAUGUCGAGGGAGGGGCUUCCUCUCAAGCCUUUCAGUUUUUUGUUCCAAUUGGUGGUGGGGCAGGGCUCCACCUCCCAUCCUCCAUGUUUAUUGGCCAGCCCAAGGACAAGCGGUCCUCUCCUGAUCUAUCAGCAGAUGAACAGCUGUCUUGUCGUUGGAGGAAGUGUCAUUUGCUUUUCGACUCUUUGCAAGACCUGGUGGACCAUGUAAAUGACUUCCAUGUCAAGCCUGAAAAGGAUUCUGGGUAUUGUUGCCAUUGGGAGGGCUGUGCACGCAAAGGGCGGGGCUUUAAUGCAAGGUACAAGAUGUUGAUCCACAUUCGCACGCACACCAACGAGAAGCCCCACCGUUGUCCUACUUGCAACAAGAGCUUCUCGCGCCUGGAGAACCUCAAGAUCCACAAUCGUUCACACACAGGAGAGAAGCCCUACAUUUGCCCCUAUGAAGGCUGCAACAAGCGCUAUUCCAACUCUAGCGACCGCUUCAAGCACACGCGCACCCACUACGUGGACAAGCCCUACUAUUGCAAGAUGGUGGGUUGCCUGAAGCGAUACACAGACCCCAGCUCUCUGCGGAAGCACAUCAAGGCCCAUGGGCAUUUUGUAGCCCAAGAGCAGUCGGGUCCUGGCAGGGUGGGUUCCCUGGUGAAAUCAGCCCAGAUUGCAGGAGCAGGGAAAGAAUCUGAGCUGACCUACGUCAGCGGAGCCCACAUCAUCAUUCCAAGUGCUGCAGCUGCUCUCCUAGGUGGCCACAGCUUACAAGGCCUGGGGGCUUCCCUGCCACUGUCACCCCUUAGCCCCCAGCCUCUAGACUUGAGCUCUCUUGGGAGCCCCAGCUCCCCUCCAGCUGGUCUUGCUGGAACCCCAAUCCUGUCUUUCAACGGCUCACCACUUGGCCUGGCCAAGUCACCCCUGCUGUCUCCUGCCUUCUCAUCCUCAGCCCUGGGCUUGCCCAUGGUGCCUGUGCUGGGCUCGGACCGUGGAGGGCACAGCAAGGGCAGAGGCAGGGGUGAGGAGGGAGAUGAUGAGAGGCCUGGGGGUGUGCUCAACCUCUCCACAGGAGCAUCUCAUGAUCCUCUGUCUUGGGUGGUCAUUCCUUCAGGCCCAGUCGUGCUGAAGCCAGCUGUGGUCAACUGAUUCCCUCUGCAUUCCAGAGGAGGGGGCAGCACAGGUGUCAGAGGUGAGGGGCAGGCCCAUGUUGGGGGGUGGGGGUUUUCCACAAUUGAAAAGCAGUCUGCACUUCUCUCUGAAGUGAUACUAUCUCCUCCGAUUUACCUCCUGCACUGUAUUUCAUUUCAGUUGUAAGUUGUACUGUUGUUUUCAAUUGAAUAGUUAUUGAUACAACUGGGACCAGCAUCUAAUCAGAGACUUUAAAUAAUAGCUAUAAAUAUCAAUGGGAAAAAAAAGACCAGCCGCCAAAUGUUCACUGAUGGUCUUCAUGCUUUCUGUAACUGACAUUGUCUGACAAUGCUGAUGCGAGCUGGAGUAAUAAGAAUCUAUGCCCUUGUUUCAAAAAGCCCUCAGCCAUUUCUCUGCAUUUAUAUGUUACAAGUAUGUUUGGACACCAUUGUACACAACACUCUAAGGAUGCAAUAUUGUGCAUUGAUUCUAAGGUCAACCUUAACAUUCCUUUUGAGCACUCUGUAACGACUGUUGUAAUAAUGUAUAGACAAGCUAGCAAUCUUUAAUCAGGCUAUGUGAAACUGGUUCAGUCAGCUUUGGGAGGGGUGCUUGGUUGUGGGCUAGUUAGGGUCUUUUUUUUUUCCAGAGGACAAUCAUUGUCUGUCGUAGCCUGCUAGACAGUGGGGUUGUGCUAGUGCUCCAGAGAAACAUUUCAGUAACCCACAGGUGUACACAUUCCCAGUGAGAGAAUAGGCCUCUUUAUCACUUGCUAGCUAUAUGGAAAACUCGCAUUUGCUGCUACAUUAUCUAGCUAACUGCUACUCCAGUUCCUUGAAUUUUUUGGAUUUACAUAAAUGUAUACAUGACAAUCUGUCCUCUAAGAGGGAAGAAAAAAACAUGACCAACAAGCACUAUUUACGUAAAAGCAGGUUUGAACCUGAUUUGAAUAUCUUGGUAACAGACACAAGACUCAGAGCAACUGAGUUUCAAGGCAAGCAAAGGUAUUAUGUACUAUCAUGUUUCUACCUUGUACGUAACUGUGGAACUACUGCAACUAGUACCACCUGCUGGACUUUAGUUUUACUGCACCCUACUAGUCAGGGCUUUGAAUGUUCGCUUUUUACUAUUUUAGCAUUGUGUGGCAAAAUGGAAGACCCUUAAUUGACACAGCACAAUGUUUUUGUGUUGAAAGCAACCCUCUUGAGAUGCCGCUGUGGAAAGCAGUCACCAGUGCAUUACAUGUAUAGACACACAAGAACAUGUGCGCACAUAUAGAAUGGUGGGUGCAACAAACCAUUUGAUCAAUGCAGUAUUCACCUCACAAUUUUACCCAUAUCAAGGCAAAUGCACGGUGCCAAAAAGUCUGUCCAGAGGACUUAAAUACAGAUAGUUAUCUAAAAAAUUACAUUUCUCUUUUACAAUGUAGUUAGUUGUUUGUUUACAUAAACUUAAAUCCAAUUUUAAGAGCUCAUACAAAAAAAAGUUUAGACUUAGAUUACACAUUCUCCUCUGGUGCUGUCUCUUCACCUAAAAUCAGAUGUCUAAUAGUCUCCUCAGGACAAGCAUUCCUUUUUUUGACAGAGAUUUUUAGAACAUUCCUUAUUGGCUGGAGUCACUGGCUGCUGUUACAGCUUUCAAAAUACCAGAAAUUGACAGUUGUUUCAUUAGCAAACAUUCCAACUGACUUUUAUUUCUUCCUCUUGUACUUAUACUCACAACUUUUGUCCCAGCUCAGUCUUAUAAUUCCAAAAAGGUUACAUUACAUUUGAGAAAACUACAGUUAUUUAUGUUUGUUAUAUUGUUUGGACGAAACAUUUUCUGAUGUUGACGUUGCUUUAUCUCAUAGUCUCUACUAUCGCUGCUUUGCAUUCAGCUUUCUUUCACAGAGGAGUUAAGAUGGAGGGAUGAACAGUAGGCAUGAAGAGAGGAGGGAUGGUCCUUUCACUGGGUCAUGUAAAGUUGGGACAAGUGGUUUCACUUGAAUGACCCAAUUCCCCACUGACAGUUAAAACAUGGAGUUUCAUGUCAAGCAAGCCCACAUCAGUAGGCCAGUGGUCCAGUAGGCUGUCUGUAAUAGUUGAUUAAGGAUGAACACUUCUCAGUGUCUCUUCCUGACAGUGAUGUCAGUGAUCAGAUGAAGAUUUCAGCAUAAACCUCAAGAAAUGCUGAUAGUCAGGCAUAAGUAAUUCCCAUGUUCCUAAAACCAGGAUUUAUGCUAACUGGAAGACCCUUUGUCCAGCCUAAAGUCAUCAGUGCUACAGCUGAAGGUCACCUACCUUUUUCCUUUUUAAAGCAGUUCUAAAAACUGGCCGUGGCAGCUGCCUGCACACGUGCCAAACUUGGAAACUAGGUCACUGAACCUUUCAUGCCCCCAUUUUUUUCACAGAUUAAAGAAAAAAAAAUGCUGCUUUACACAAAGCUUACUAGACAGAGGAAACACGUGCAAACACCAUAAACCAGUCCCGUCAGAGUGUUUAGGUAUUGCUGAGGGGAAAAGUUGUCUUCAGGACCCAGCCGAGUCCUGCAUAAUCCUUAAAAGUACUGUUCUCGCAGUUCAUCCAAGGCCAUAACCCCUGGUAGUGUGUCAGUGACGCAAGAUGAUGUUAUUAGGGGCCAUUCCUAUGUUACCACUCAAAGCCUUCAAGCUUCUUUUCUACCCUCCACCCUUGUUUCCUGUCUGUGUCACUCAGAGGCCGGUCCAUGCCUGUCAUUUGAGAAAGCUGAUAAUGACAUAGACCCUUCAGGGUCUACAUCAUUCAAAUAUUAAAUAAGCUGUUUGAUUCAUUAACCCUUUGAGCACUCUGGAGAAGCCUACACUAGGGAAAAUAAGCUCUGAUGAAGCAAUUACGGACAUGAUUGUUAAUAUACAUUAGCAAUAAUCGAAAUGGCUGAGACAGUGUUACAGUUAUGCAGUGAAUAUUUUAUUUACAUUUUUUGAUGCAGUAACCAUCUUUGAAAUCCUGUUGGUUUUCGACUUGACUAAGAGGCAGCACAUAUACGGUACAAUAAGCAUCACUGUAACUGUAAGUGGUCAGCUAAGAACGCUAAAGUGACAAGAUAAUAUAAUGUCCCUUUUAAAGAUUGAAAAUGAAACCAAAUAAAAACAAAACAGUUUAAGUGCCAGUGGUGCACAAAGGGUUAAUGCACGACUACGGCCAGGAAAGGCCGGUAUCCAGUUUCUUUUCUUUUUGCACAUUGAAAUAUUUUAAUAUCAGUAUUUUCUUUUUUUCCAAGUGCCUUUAUUGUAGGUGAAAUGUAGUACAAAUACAGUAUAUGAAAAAUAAAUAUAUAUAAAUAUAAAUAAAUAAAUAUAUAUAUAUAUAUAUAUAUAUAUAUAUAUAUAUAUAUACAUACAUUUUCCCAGCAUCAUGUUCUGAAGCCGAACAUGCAGAAUAUCAGAGCUGUAAAAGUCUCCAAUUGGUACAACAUAGGUGUUUGUGCUCCUGUUUUAGAGGAAUUUUAUUACGAUAUUGAUAAUGACAUCAAUGAAAACAAAUGAAACAAAUGUUUAAUAAAGUUGCAUUUGAUAUAUUGAA